UGAGCUUUGUUCAUCUGUAAAUUUCACUCCAUUAGUACAAAAUUGAAUCUUUACAGACAAAUUAUCAUCUGGGGUUUAGUGAUAAAGCCUUUUCCAUUGUUUUUUAGUCCAAAAUUGAAUCUUUACGGACAAAUUAUCAUCUGGGGUUUAGUGAAAAAGCCUUUUUCCAUUGUUGUUUUAGGCCAAGAUUCAAUCUUUAUAGAAAAAACUUCAUCCGGGGUUUAGCGAAAAGAGGAAAAAAUGGAGAACAAUCAGUCAUCUUUCUACCAAUUCAGUGAUAAUCUUCGUUUACAUACAAACAACUUAGUAAAUUUGUCUUCAAAUGAUUCAAUUUGGAGUAGCAAUUAUGUAUCUAAAAGGCCUGAAGAAAGAAGAAACUUUGAUAUCAGAGUAGGUGGUAUGAUUAACUCUGUUAGUUCUUUAAAUCCAUCAAAAAAUUUGAAUUCAGAUUACAAUCUUUUUAGUAAUGAUGGUUGGAAGAUUGCUGACAUGGCGGCUGCGGCGGCAGCUGGUGGUGGCUCAGCCGUGAAAGGUGGUGGUGGGGUUGGUUUAAAUGGUGGAUUUAAUAAAGGGGUUUACACAAACCCUAUGAAUUUUAACAAUUUUGUGGUGAACUCAAAAGGGGUUAAUAAUAACAAGAGAAAUGGGAAAAAUGGUAUUUUUGUGGAUGAUUAUGGAUUUGUGAAUAAAUUUGGAAAGAAAAAUAACAAGAUUAAUAGAGAGAGUAAUAAGGAUUUGGGUGCUAAUAAUAAUAGUAGUGAGAAUAAGAAGUUCAAGACUUUGCCAGCAUCAGAAUCUUUACCAAAAAAUGAAACUGUUGGUGGAUAUAUUUUUGUUUGCAACAAUGAUACUAUGCAUGAAAAUCUCAAAAGGGAGCUCUUUGGUUUGCCACCUCGUUACAGGGAUUCAGUUCGCCAAAUAACACCCGGGUUGCCUCUUUUCCUCUACAACUACUCGACCCACCAGCUUCACGGAAUUUUUGAGGCUGCAAGCUUCGGUGGGUCUAACAUUGAUCCUACAGCUUGGGAGGACAAGAAGAACGCUGGUGAAUCGCGCUUUCCUGCUCAGGUGCGUGUUGUGACAAGGAAAAUUUGUGAACCACUUGAAGAGGACUCAUUCAGGCCAAUUCUUCACCAUUACGACGGUCCUAAGUUUCGCCUUGAACUAAACAUUCCAGAGGCCCUCUCUCUGCUGGACAUUUUUGCAGAGAAAAAUAUACUGAAUAGUUUGUUAAAUUGAAAAGUCUAUUGUACAUAGGCAAUAUAUGUGAUAUAUAGACAAUAUAUAGCUCUUUUUAAUUUGCAGAUUAUAACUAUUUUGUAAUCCAACAGGUUUU